AUGGCCAACGAAAGCUUGACAAGUCCAGUUCCACUUUCGAACGAUUCCGUCUUUAUUCCCGCAACCAGUCCAACCUCAACCCGAGGUGGUGAAGGGCCUGAAACAGUUGAUUCCGCAUAUACCUUACGUUCCAAUCGAGCACGAUCAGAUUCUGCCACAACGACUGUGGAUUCACAACCAGGGAGAUCAUCAAUUCAACUAAGUGUACAUACUCCACGUAGAAGUAGGGCACAUCAAUUGAGUUUGUUAGGCUUGCAUUCGGACGGAACACGAAUUUUGGAAGAUGGUGAAGGUGCAAGUGAAGAUGUUCUUUUGACUGGGCUAAGUGAUCGUUCUACGCCUAAUGCGAAAUCAGUGACGACGACGUCAAAGUUUGCUAUGCAUCAAGAUGAAUCACAAUUUGAUAUCGGACAUUCGUCAGAUGAUGAAGAGGACGAGAUUCGAUUGUCUGGACUCAGUCAGGAAAGACAGACGGGUUCCCGAUCGGCCGCUUCACCACGUCAGAAUGGCAAUUAUUCGAAUCAUAAUCGGCAAUAUGACAACAGUAGCACAUACGAUGACCUAGAUUUGGAGGCAGCAGACUACGAUCCUUAUGAUGAUGAAGAUGACGAGUAUGGGCACAUGGGUAUGGGAGAAGUGAAGCUGCCAUUCGAAUCUACCACCAAAAAGGAGCGGAUAUGGAUGUGGGCAAGCACAGGAGUCGUAAUCGCAUUAUCACUUGUUAGCAUUGCAAUCGCUGUCGACUGGAUCGAUUGGCCAGGAGAUGGAAUUGGUAAAUUUUAG